AACUCAAAAAUAAAGCUGUAUUGGCUUAACAUCGACCCCUGGUGUCGUGGAGUGUGUCGUUGAAAACACGCUACUGUAGAUACAGAACACGGUCUUAGUGCUGAAGGUUGGCGACCACCAAACACAGAGGCAACUUGUGAAAAACACGAUCAUCCUGAUGCAGAGAGAUGAUAAUUGUCAACUGCUUUAAGCUGAACACAGUACGUUUAUACUGCCGUAUUUAAUGUUGGUGGUACUGAUGGUUCUUGGAGAAACAAAAGUUAUUCGGUGGCCGGUAAACUAAACAAAUUCCAGAACAACUGUUAAGGCUCAAUAAUAUGUAGUUACCAGAUUCGACCACUGGAGGGAGGCCAACAUCUACUUUUCUACCACUUUACGAAUUCCCUCGGUCGCUCUCUCUCUCUCUCUCUCUUCCUCCCCCUUUCUCUCUCUCUCUCUUCCUCCUCUAUCUCACUGUGUGGUGGCACCAUGUCGCUCGUCCUCCCCAUGUCUUCCUACAUGAAACGCACUCGCGUUUAUUCUGUCUCGUCCACAUCCAGGACGCACGGGUCCGUCGCACCACCAGGACCACACGGUGUUCCUGCCCAGACCUUGGUUGACGGACAACUGCUUACGUCAGUGACCGGUUGAACUGGACCAGACCUUCAGAGUCCAAAAACUUUGAACUUGUCCAGUAUGACGAGACCAGGGAGUUUCCUGUGACGCACGGAACUGCGGCGUCGCAGAUUAGUUUGAGGUCCGAUCCAGGUGUGGGACCUGAAACUGCAGUCGAACCGACACCUGCACAAAAAUACUACUGCGAUCCCGAACUAAGAGCUAAAUGGACCGGAACAACGGAGCCACAGGAGACGAUGGCUGACCGGAGGGAAAUCUGUGUUACAUUCGAUUUUUAAUCGGUGUUUUAUUGGGGUGUAUGGAUUCAGACGUGGAUCAGAAACCGGACCCGACUCAGAGAUUCUGUGGGGGGAAUGAUGUGAAAGAGGACCGGAAAUAAUCAGUGAGAGAAAGCACCUGUUCCUGCUGCGGACAAAGGCUUCUGGAAGGAUGUGAGUUUGGAGGCUCAAAGCUGCAACUUCACUCUUGCUUCAGACAGGAAUGUCUGAAGCAGGGACCUGUGUGACUGAACCAUUUGGAAUUGCGCCACCUGUGGCUAAUCCAGCUUCAGCUAAAGGUGAAAAUCCACAGUCUGGCUCAUCCUGAUUUGAACACGCCACCAUUCACAACAUGUUGCUUCUACUGCCACCUGUGUGCUGACUGUGUGACUCCACUGUUACCCCUCUACCCUGCCGCCCAACUCGAAGCAACAUGGCAAAGGGUUCGAAGCCCCUGAUCUUCUCCAGCCACUGUUUGCUUUUUCUGCUGAUGCUGAAGAGCUGCUGGAUGUUCGGCUCAACCUCACAGAAAUCCACAGUUUUGGUGGACUCCCAGCAGCCCUUGCAGGAAUUUGCCCACUCCAUCCGGAUAGACGGAGACAUCAUCCUGGGGGGCUUGUUUCCCGUGCACGCCCGUGGUGAGAGGGGCGCGCCCUGCGGCGAGCUGAAGAAAGAGAAGGGGAUCCACCGGCUGGAGGCCAUGCUGUUCGCCAUUGACCUCAUCAACAAGGACCAGGAGCUGCUGCCCAACAUAACGCUCGGGGCCCGGAUUCUGGACACGUGUUCACGUGACACCUACGCUCUGGAGCAGUCGCUCACCUUCGUCCAAGCGCUCAUCGAGAGGGAUGGAUCCGACGUGCGAUGUGCCAACGGUGACCCGCCCAUUUUGGCCAAACCUGAUAAAGUGGUGGCGGUCAUUGGUGCAUCGGCCAGUUCUGUGUCAAUCAUGGUGGCCAACAUCCUGCGGCUGUUCAAGAUCCCUCAGGUCAGUUACGCCUCGACCGCCCCGGAGCUCAGCGACAACACCCGCUACGACUUCUUCUCCCGCGUGGUCCCUCCAGACUCCUACCAAGCUCAGGCCAUGCUGGACAUCGUGAUGGCAAUGGGCUGGAACUACGUGUCCACGCUGGCGUCUGAGGGAAACUACGGUGAGAGCGGCGUGGAGGCCUUCGUCCAGAUCUCCAGGGAGUCGGGUGGCGUCUGCAUCGCACAGUCUCUUAAGAUUCCUCGAGAACCGAGGCCCGGUGAGUUCGACAAGAUCGUUCUCCGCCUGGUUGAGACACCCAACGCCAGAGCUGUGAUCAUGUUUGCCAACGAGGAUGACAUCAGGCGAGUCCUAGAUGCGGCAAAACGCAACAACCUAACAGGCCACUUCCUCUGGGUGGGGUCGGACAGCUGGGGCUCAAAGAUCUCUCCGGUGGUCCAACAGGAGCACGUGGCUGAAGGCGCCGUCACCAUCCUCCCCAAGAGAACCUCCGUGGACGCUUUCGACCGUUACUUCAAGAGCCGCUCUUUGUCCAACAACCGCAGAAACGUCUGGUUUGCUGAAUUCUGGGAGGAGAACUUUGGCUGUAAGCUGGGGAUGCACGGGAAACGACCAGGGAGCCCCAAGAAGUGCACAGGGUUGGAGAAAGUCGGCCGUGACUCCACCUACGAGCAGGAGGGGAAGGUGCAGUUUGUCAUGGACGCCGUGUACGCCGUGGCCCACGCGCUACAUCACAUGCACCGUGAGCUCUGUGCCGGGAACCCCGGACUGUGUCCCCGUAUGGCCAACAUCGACGGCAAAGACCUGCUGGCCUACGUCCGUUCCGUUAACUUCAACGGAAGUGCAGGAACUCCAGUCAUCUUUAACGAGAACGGCGACGCCCCCGGGCGCUACGACAUCUUCCAGUAUCAGAUAAACAACAGGUCGACGGCCGAGUACAAGGUCAUUGGACAAUGGACCAAUCAGCUGCAUCUCUAUAUGGAGGCGCUGCAGUGGAACACCGACAGCACCUCCGUACCGUCCUCCGUCUGCAGUCUUCCCUGUACGACGGGCGAGAGGAAGAAGGUGGUCAAAGGUGUGCCUUGCUGUUGGCACUGUGAGCGCUGUGAGGGCUACCACUUCCAGGCCACCGAGUUCACAUGUGAGCUGUGCCCUUAUGAGAUGAGACCGGACCAGAACCGUACCGGCUGCCAGCCUAUUCCUAUCAUCAAGCUGGAGUGGCACUCGCCCUGGGCUCUGGUGCCUGUCUUCAUCUCCGUCCUGGGUAUUAUUGCCACCACCUUUGUCAUUGUCACUUUCGUGCGUUACCACGACACCCCGAUCGUGCGCGCCUCUGGGCGGGAGAUGAGCUACGUUCUGUUGACAGGUAUCUUCCUGUGUUACAUCGUCACCUUCCCCAUGAUCGCCGCGCCCGACAUCGUGGUCUGCUCUUUCCGACGCAUUUUCCUCGGCCUGGGCAUGUGCUUCAGCUACGCCGCGCUGCUCACCAAGACCAACCGCAUCCACCGCAUCUUCGAGCAGGGCAAGAAGGCAGUGACGGCACCGCGCUUCAUCUCACCUGCAUCCCAACUGGUCAUCACCUUCUCACUCAUCUGCGUUCAGCUGCUGGGUGUCUUCAUGUGGUUCACCGUCGACCCCCCACACACCUUCAUCGAUUAUGGAGAGCAGCGUACGCAGGAUCCUGAGAAUGCCAGGGGCGUGUUAAAGUGUGACAUCUCUGACCUGUCGCUCAUCUGCUCUCUGGGAUACAGCAUCCUCCUGAUGGUCACAUGCACUGUUUACGCCAUCAAAACACGAGGCGUGCCAGAGACCUUUAACGAAGCCAAACCCAUUGGAUUUACCAUGUACACCACCUGCAUCAUCUGGCUGGCCUUCAUCCCCAUCUUCUUUGGGACUGCACAGUCCGCCGAGAGGAUGUACAUCCAGACGGCCACGUUGACCGUCUCCCUCAGCCUCAGCGCCUCCGUCUCUCUGGGAAUGCUCUACAUGCCAAAGGUCUACAUGAUUAUCUUUCAUCCUGAGCAGAACGUUCCCAAACACAAGCGCAGCUUCAAGGCCAUCGUCACCGCCGCCACAAUGACCAGCAAGCUGUCGCAGUUGGCAGCCGAGCGACCCAACGGCGAGGUGAAGACGGAGCUGUGUGAGGGCGUGGAGGCCGCUGUGCCACCAGCAAAAACAACCUACGUCAGCUACACAAACCACGCCAUGUGAGGGCGCACACCCCCUGAACGAGGCCUUCCUAAACAGGAAGUCAGGUGCUUUGACAAACUGAGCAACGGAGCGACAAAGUAAAUGAACCAAAAAAAAACUGGUUGGAUCUUGAGCAGCACUCAAACCUUCAAACACUAAACAAACACAAUCAUUUGAAGAGGCCAUGAAGAAGAAGAAGAAGAAGAAGAAGAAGAGGAAAACAACAGGUAACGUUGAAAACUUGAAAGGUAAAAAAAAAAAAAA